GUACGUGACGCGUCAACAAGGUGACACAAAGUAUACCGGAAGUUUACAUAUUACAGUCCAAGCUAGUUUUCGUCCUCUUUUGCUUGUUCUUUCUUUGUAAUUUGAAGAGACGUGAAGAUGGUUUGCGAGAAAUGUGAGAAGAAGCUGGGAAAAGUAAUUACUCCAGAUACGUGGAAAGAUGGAGCCCGGAAUACAACAGAAAGUGGUGGUCGAAAACUUAAUGAAAACAAACUUCUGACUUCAAAGAAAGCCAGAUUUGACCCGUACAGUAAGUCAGGCUUCGCCAUCUGCCGGAUCUGUAAGAGCUCCGUCCAUCAGUCUGGAUCACACUACUGUCAGGGCUGCGCUUACAAGAAAGGAAUUUGUGCAAUGUGCGGCAAGAAAGUUUUGGACACCAAGAACUACAAACAAACAUCCGUGUGAGGAGGAAAUCUGCUUGAACUGAAAUCAGUCCAGUCUAUGAGUGGGGGGCAAACCUGUGCAGAGUCUGAAUUUUUCCUAUAUCCACUCUCACAAUAUUGCUUUUGUUGUAUAUUUUUUCCUUAUUGUCUCUUUUAUGUGAAGUAUCUUGUACACCACUGUAUUGUCCUGCAGCUCCAUAAGCAAUGUACAGUCAAAAAGUAAGAUCGAGUAUGGUUUAAAUUAACCUUAACAUUCAUCAAGAUUUGAGUAUUUUUGUCUUGGUUUGAUUUAAUUGCUGAUGUGGCCUAGAUUAUUUGUCUUGUUUCACCAUUUUAGACUGGUUUCAAGAUAAUUUAGCUUGAAAUGAAUAAGACAAUACAUCUGGCAGUGGCGUCGGUGCAAAUUUCUGCACAAAUAAUAAUAAUGAUAAACACAUAAAAUGGCUUAAAAUAAAAAGCAAAGAUAUGGAAAUAAUUUGAUACAAGUCGUGUCAUCUAGAUCCAUGAAGUCAUUAAAUAAAAGCUGCAAACCUUCAAAUUUAGAUGCAUAUUCAAAAUUUAAGUUAUAUUUUAUCCAAUGAAGACUGUAAUUUUAUUUUUUGCAGUGUGCUGUUGUCUUCUGGUUAUUUUCACAUCUCUGAGGCCAAACCCGUCAAUAUAAUGUGUACAUUUUGCAUUUCUGAACCUUGUAAAGACCUUUUUAUUUGCUUUUAAAUUGUUCUCAGUUUGUAAAAUAGUUAGAAUUUUGAGUGAAUAAACCAUUAUGACAAGAA